AUGCCUUGCUGGUACUUGCUGCCCUAUGUGUUCAACGUCCAUGUCCUCCUUUUUGGCUACUGCCAACUUGUUACUGCUCAACAGCGUUUCGAACGACAUGAACUGCCUACAGAUCACAUUGUGGUGCAUUCGUCCAAUUCCAAUGUUUCUAUUGCUGAUUGGGUAGUUGUCAUCUCAGAUGAAUCAAGAGUUGAAUUUCAAGAAAAAUUUCUACAUGGAAAAGUUUGGUCUGGUAAUUCACAAUUAAAAUUUCAACCGCUUGGACAAAUGGAAAAAUUUUCCGCUCAUAAUAAUGUGCUUUCCAUUUUCGAGCUUCCGCAAGUAAAUCUGCAAACAAAAUGCGAACAAAUUCAGAUCUUUCUGAGGGCAAAUCGAAGCACCGAUGGUCAUUCCUAUAUGGAAUAUAAAGCCAAUAAGAAUGUCAACAUAAUUUUCACUAGCGGUGUUACCGAAAUAAAUGCAUUUAAUGGCCGAUGGGCUCAGAUUACGGCUGUUACUUGGCAGCUAUCUAUGCCCGGUCAGAUCACCAUUGGUUCUAAUAUUUUAAGUGGUCUCAGUCGUCAGCUUCAUAUUGUUUCAGUCAGCAGUAACUACAGUAUUAACAUAACUAUUUUUGAUGCACAGAUGCAAAUGCGAUAUGGAAAUAUUACUAUACAGAUAACAUCAGAUUAUCGGAUUCUAAUAAUAAGAUCGGAAUUGUACAUGGUUAAUUUAAAAACUAUUGUAUCACCUUUUGAAAUAUCUAUUUCUGACCAUGAGAUGAUUGUGCAGUGCGAAAAUGAAAGGGCAGUUGUGCAAUUACUUCCCAAUUCAUCGAAUAUUGUCAUUAACACAAAUCAGUAUUCCAGAGUUGUCAUUGAUCGUGGAAGAGAAGCGGUCAUUCUAGGAGGUCAAGAAAUACGUCCUGCUGGCAAUAUAAAUCUUUUAUCAAUGCAGUUAAAAGUUUUGUUGAAAUCCGGCAAUCUUAGCUCCAUUCAUGCAUCUACAAAUCAUUCACAAAUUACAAUGCAGACUACCUCAACAAAUAUGGCUUCAACAGCUGCACACCAUGCCAUUGAUAUUAUUGGUGGAAGAAUAAAUUUACAUGUUUUCACGGGCAACGUUUCAAUGGAUAUUGUUGCAAAUACUCAUUUAGCAUCACUGCCAACAAUGUUAACUCCAUUUCUGACUCCUCCGAAUAAUUUUCAGGAUAUCACAAUGGAUAAUUUCAACCUUGAUUUUCUCAUAGAUGAACGAAAUAAUGGCAGUAAUAACCUGGUAACGGUCACACAAACACCACUUACAGUGGCUAACUCUUCAGUUUCACAUGAAAGUAGUAAUUUUCGAGAUGGAGUUGCUUUGACCAAAGAUGUUACUUACGGAAAUACUCUUGAACCAGCUUUUACAAUUCCUUCGACACUGUCAACCAUAAAAUCUACUGGCACAAUUUCACUUGUAUUUCCUGAACAAUCAUCGACGAUUAUGUUAAAGACUGGCAGGACAACUUCAAAACCCUUAAGUUCAACUGAACGCACACCUCCAUCGCAUUCUGAAAACGCUUCACAUACAAGUUUUAUUACUGAAGCAACAAAAACGGAACGAAUUGAUACCUCGAUAGAUACGGCCAAUUGGCUGAAAGUUGAUGGAACAACAACAGCAUCAAUUAUUUUACUAAAUACGUCAACAGUGACUUCUUCAGAUAUGUUAUCAAUAUAUUCCAGCCCUUCAUUCUUGUUAACAGCUGCAACUUCCAGUUCACCAACGACUGUGCGUCCGGCCAUUCCACUUAUUCCGCUUAAAACAUUAACCAGUAGUCGAACAUCUGAAAUCAUUAUUAGCAGCAUUCCGAUCACCUCUCGCAUCCCACAGUCAUUUAUUAGCACUUCGACAACAAAUGGCUCUGGUGAUGUUACUGAGGUUAUGGUUUCCGAAAAAAAAUAUCCUGACGAAGAAAAUGUCCAAACUGACUUUAUCGAAUUUAGUUGGGAUAGCAUUGCAGACAGUAGUAUACCUAUUAUAGCGACCUCCACCGUAAUUUCCACUGCGGCGCAUACAGAUGCAGGAGACUUGCAAAAAGUACGAAAAACUGAGUGUAUUGAAAUAGAACCAUCAAAAAAUCGUUCGGCAUGGACUCCGUUUGCUUCUCUACCAUUUGAAUUCCCACCAACUGCUCAUUAUCCGUCCACUGUUUCAUCCGGAAAAGGCAAUUUCAUCCUACAAGAUAACAAAGCAAAGAGUGAAAUAACUUUUGACACAAAUGAAGUUUCAAAGAAUAAAGAAUGGAAUAAAAGUGCUUUGAAUGUCUCUUCCGUCCCUAUGAUUACUGCUGUGAAAGAAAUUUUCGGUAAAAUUAUGCAACAUGGCUCUCAAAGAAAUGAAAACCCGAGGACUGAAUUUGGACAGCAACAAAAUUUUUUUUCCAGCAGUAAAUUCAAACGUGCUUUAUCUAGCUUUGAAAAUGAAGAAAUUUACGAACUUGAAUUGAAAAUCCCGCUCGAUAUCAAUUUAACAGCAGUGGAAUUGCAUCGUGAACUAUUGCUAGCAUUAAAAAAAUUUGUGCUUUUCACUAAUUUACAUGAGGAACGCUUACCGAUCAAUGAAGAUGCGAUACGUAUUAAAAUAACAAAUAUGGAACGAAACGGUGAUUACCUGAAAGUACUCUACUCAGUAUUCAUUAACGCAAAGGUAAAUGCAGUACCUAAUUGCGCUCAAAAUCAUGAAUUCAACGAUGCUGACUUACUAUUAGUAGUAGUCGGCAUUUUGAUUCUGAUGUUAUUUUCCAUUGGUGCUCUAUUGGUCCGCCACAAGCAAUGUUACAAUUUUGCGGUAUGA